AUGGGGCGAUUUGCCAACAUCGAUACCCGAGAUCCUGCCGUCAAUGUCACCAACUGGUUUCUGGUCGUCGUUGCGGGUUUGAGCGUCCUUAUUCGACUGGGGACGAAGUUCUGGAUCUUUCAUAGAUUGACCAGCGAUGACUACCUGAUAAUCGCAUCUUUGGCGUUCUGCAUUGCACAAUCUGCAGCGAUCUCGACAGCGGUAUCACACGGAUAUGGCUAUCAUUUCGCGACAAUUUCGAGUCAGAAUUUUGACCAUGUCAUGAAAUCACAAUAUGCCGCCUACAUCCUGUAUAUCGCAAGCCUCUGCCUUUCCAAGCUAUCGCUCUCGACAUUUAUUCGCAGCUUGACACCGGUGCAUAAGGAUCACUUCCAGGCCGCGGUCCUGCAGGGACUUAUUGCUGUCCUGGGAGUGGUUGGUGUGUUUGCGACAAUUAUCGAAAUCGUCUUCUCGCGCGACGUCAGACAUUCCACCGAUCCUACAUACGACUAUUGUCCUACUACAAUUGUAUCGCAAGUUGUACAAUGCGCGAGUAUAGUCACCGCGUGCUGGGGCCAGUUGAAACCUUUCCUCAAUCAGCUCAAGUCAAAUGGUCUGCGUAUUCAAGGGGUGGAAUAUCAAUAUUCGACUGGGAAGGGUCAAUCGUCACGAUCAUACGGACGAUCUGGGACGAACCAUAGCCGGGAGGAGCAUCAUGAACUGGUCCCAGUGGCAUCAGGGCAGAAUCUGACCACGGUGUCAGCGUCACCGGCGUGGGAUGCGGAUAGCCAAUCCAGCCAAACUGGGAUCAUCCGCGAGACGCGGACUUGGGUUGUAACUGGUGAUGAAGGACAUCCGGAGCAUAGGUAG